GAGAGGAGACGCGCGAUCGGUGAGGCGGUGGACGGCGUGAGCGUGAGCGUGAGCGUGCAGGCUAAACCGGUUAAACCCACACGGUGUAUAGGACACGCGCUGAGACGGAGCGGGAGCAUGAGCGGUAGCGGAUGAGCAGACCCCCACAGAGCCUGCGCACGAGACCCUCCAGACCCUGCAGAGCCUGCGCACGAGACAUGUUACGCGCUGUCAGCACUAUGACUGAUGGAGACUACGACUAUCUGAUCAAGCUCCUGACUCUGGGGGACUCUGGAGUGGGCAAGACCACCUUCCUGUACCGCUACACAGACAACAAGUUCAACCCCAAGUUCAUCACCACUGUGGGAAUCGACUUCCGGGAAAAGAGAGUGGUGUACAGCACUAACAGCCCAAAUGGAAGCAGGGGGAAGACAUUCAAAGUUCAUCUGCAGCUGUGGGACACAGCAGGACAGGAGAGGUUCCGGAGCCUGACGACGGCGUUUUUCCGAGACGCGAUGGGAUUUCUGCUCAUGUUUGACCUCACCAGCCAGCAGAGUUUCCUCAAUGUGCGCAACUGGAUGAGUCAGCUGCAGGCUAAUGCAUACUGUGAAAAUCCUGACAUCGUUCUUGUCGGCAACAAGGCGGAUCUGGCAGACCAGAGAGAGGUACAGGAGAGACAGGCAAAGGAACUGGCAGAGAGAUAUGGAAUCCCCUACUUUGAGACGAGUGCAGCCACAGGUGUGCAGGUGGAUAGGGUGGUAGUCACACUGCUGGACCUGGUGAUGAAGAGGAUGGAGCAGUGUGUGGAAAAGCCCACCCCCGACACCCAGAAUGCUGCCAGCACCGCCCAGCUUGACUCCGCCCCCGCCAGCCAGAAGAAAUGCGCCUGCUAGAAAACCCCCGCCCUUCUAACCCCCCACUUACACGCAUACACUUCCAGCUCCCUCCUGUGGACAGAUGCAGACUUGCGGUUGGGCCUGGUCCAUGCUGACAUGUGGUGAGCGCAGGGUCAGGUCCGGUCAGGCUCUGGUUCUGUAGGACCUCCAGUGCACGCUGGAGUAUUUCCACAGUCCCCUCUGGUUAAUCUCCUCUGGUCAUGGCACCUUCCCCCUUUACACUCAGUCAUGUAAACAAUCUUGGAGAAUUGUAGAACUUAAACAUAUCUUAAAUGUAUGGAUUAGAUUCUAUACAUACUGUACAAUCCACCUUUACAAAAUGAAUGUGUUGGGUUGUUUUUGGUAACCUGGAUGUGUGUUAUAUUGAUUUCAAUUUCAUUUGAUUUCAUACGUUUGUAGGCAUCACAUUUAUCUGUGCUGUGUACCUAGUUUAUUAAAACGCCAUUAGCUUUGCACCCUUGUUAUGGCUUACACGCGCAGGGCCAGCAUCCUGCUCGCAGGAACGUACCCAGUCCUGCUCAGGCAGCGGGGACCCCGCCCCCCUGAGUCCUGAUUUCAAAUGAGUCUUUGUCUGUUAAGUGAAUGCACACUGGUCAGUGUUGAGCUGGCCCCUGGUCAGUGUUUAGCUCAGCAUUUUUGGGGUGGAAUAUUUUAAAUAGUCUGUCUAAUCCAGGAUCAGGUUUAAUCUGUGUGCAUGCAAUUAGCUCUGAGUGCACAGAAGAGAAACCCUUCUUUGUAAAUCCUGAAUUUCUUAAUUCUUACCUCACACAGACUGGUGUGUAUGUCUGUGAAAUGUGUGUGGUGUCCUGGGUAGUCCAAUGGGGAGCGAGCUCACCUCGUCCUCUAGUGGUAACCAGUCUAACCAGUCAGCGAGGUCACCUCGUCCUCUAGUGGUAACCAGUCUAACCAGUCGGCGAGGUCACCUCGUCCUCUAGUGGUAACCAGUCGGCGAGGUCACCUCGUCCUCUAGUGGUAACCAGUCUAACCAGUCAGCGAGGUCACCUCGUCCUCUAGUGGUAACCAGUCUAACCAGUCAGCGAGCUCACCUCGUCCUCUAGCUGUAACCAGUCAGCGAGUUCACCUCGUCCUCUAUCUGUAACCAGUCUAACCAGACAGCGAGCUCACCUCGUCCUCUAGCUGUAACCAGUCAGCGAGCUCACCUCGUCCUCUAUCUGUAACCAGUCUAACCAGUCAGCGAGCUCACCUCGUCCUCUAGUGGUAACCAGUCUAACCAGUCGGCGAGCUCACCUCGUCCUCUAGCUGUAACCAGUCAGCGAGCUCACCUCGUCCUCUAGCUGUAACCAGUCAGCGAGCUCACCUCGUCCUCUAUCUGUAACCAGUCUAACCAGUCAGCGAGCUCACCUCGUCCUCUAGCUGUAACCAGUCAGCGAGCUCACCUCGUCCUCUAUCUGUAACCAGUCUAACCAGUCAGCGAGCUCACCUCGUCCUCUAGUGGUAACCAGUCUAACCAGUCAGUGAGCUCACCUCGUCCUCUAGCUGUAACCAGUCUAACCAGUCAGUGAGCUCACCUCGUCCUCUAGCUGUAACCAGUCUAACCAGUCAGCGAGCUCACCUCGUCCUCUAGCUGUAACCAGUCUUACCAGUCAGCGAGCUCACCUCGUCCUCCAGCUGUAACCAGUCUAACCAGUCAGCGAGCUCACCUCGUCCUCCAGCUGUAACCAGUCUAACCAGUCGGCGAGCUCACCUCGUCCUCCAGCUGUAACCAGUCUAACCAGUCGGCGAGCUCACCUUGUCCUCCAGCUGUAACCAGUCUAACCAGUCGGCGAGCUCACCUUGUCCUCCAGCUGUAACCAGUCUAACCAGUCGGCGAGCUCACCUCGUCCUC